AACACCAGGCCAAGGUGCUGGACAGUCCAUUCCUACUGAGGCUGUGAGGGAAAUGACCCUUUGACCCAUAGAUGGCUGUCUUCCAACCUACAUGGCUAUGAAGGUCUUGACGAGCCCUGCCUGGGCCGCAGCGUGGAGGAUGGAAACGUGUGCUCCGCCAUGUCUCUGGGCCGCCUCCUUCGCAGGGCCUCCUCCAAGGCCUCGGACCUCCUGACCCUCACCACGGGGGGCAGCGGCGGGUCCCCCUCCAUCCUGGAUGGAGAGAUCAUCUACUCCAAGAACAAUGUCUGUGUGCAUGCACCUGAGGGCCUGCAGGGCUCUGGGGAGCACCACCCAGGGUACCUGUGCCUGUACAUGGAGAAGGACGAGCUGCUGGGGGCCACCCUCAUCCUGGCAUGGGUCCCCAACUCUCGCAUCCAGAGACAGGACGAGGAGGCUCUACGCUACAUCACCCCCGAGAGCUCCCCUGUGCGCAAGGCACCCCGGCGGCGGCGGCAUACCACGAGCCUCGGAGCCCCGUACCAACCCUCUCCCACAGAGACAAGGCCUCCCCUGACACCCAAAGAUGAGGACAUCCUGGUGGUGGUCCAGAACACCCAGAAUACUGUGCACAUCAGCCCGACGUCUGAAGAUGGCGAAAAGCUGGUCCAGGGCCCAGAGGUGGAGGGGCCUCUGCCCGCUUCACGGCCUGUCCACAGUGACUCUGGGAUCCUGUCUACAGUCAGUUCACAAGACGGGACAGAGGAUGGCCGGGAGCCACGGCCUGAGGCUGUGGAGGAAGAGGGCUCCUUGGAGUUGUCGACUGACGGUGUGAGCAGGGACAGCUCCUUUGACUCCGACUCUGACGCCUUCUCUUCACCUUUCUGCCUCUCACCCAUCAGCGCCGCCCUGGCUGAGGGGAACAGCUCUGCAUUCCUGGAGAGCGAGGGCAGCUCCCCCUCUAGCUCAGAUGCCAACCUGCGGUUUCCCGACAGCAGUGGCCUCCUGCAGACGCCUCGCUGGGAUGAGCCACAGCGGGGAUGCGCCCUGGAGCAGAUCUGCGGUGUCUUCCGCGUGGACCUGGGCCACAUGCGCUCCCUGAGACUGUUCUUCAGUGAUGAAGCUUGCACGAGUGGCCAGCUGGUGGUGGCCAGCCGGGAGAGCCAAUAUAAGAUUUUUCACUUUCACCACGGCGGCCUGGACAAGCUCUCCGAGGUGUUCCAGCAAUGGAAAUUCUGCACGGAGACACACCUCAGGGACCAGCAGGUCACGGAUGAGAGGACAUGCAUGCAAUUCUCUAUCCGAAGGCCCAAGCUGCCGUCCUCUGAGACCCACCCAGAAGAAAGCCUGUACCGGAGGCUGGACGUGUCUGCCUGGCUCAACCACCUGAAUGAUUUGGGCCAGGUGGAGGAGGAAUAUAAGCUACGCCAGGCCAUUUUCUUUGGUGGCAUUGAUGUGUCGAUCCGGGGGGAGGUCUGGCCUUUCCUGCUGCACUAUUACAGCCACGAGUCCACAUCGGAGGAGCGUGAGGCGCUGCGGGAGCAGAAGCGAAAAGAAUAUGCAGCGAUCCAGCAAAAAAGGCUCUCCAUGACCCCCGAGGAGCAGAGAGCCUUCUGGCGCAGUGUGCAGUUCACUGUGGACAAAGACGUGGUUCGGACAGAUAGGAAUAACCAGUUCUUUCGAGGGGAGGACAACCCGAACGUGGAGAGCAUGAGGAGGAUUCUGCUGAAUUAUGCUGUGUACAACCCAGACAUCGGCUACUCACAGGGCAUGUCAGACCUGGUGGCACCCAUCCUGGCUGAGGUCUUGGAUGAAUCAGACACCUUCUGGUGCUUCGUGGGUUUGAUGCAGAACACCAUCUUUGUUAGCUCUCCUCGGGACGAGGACAUGGAGAGACAGCUGCUGUACCUGCGGGAGCUGCUCAGGCUGACACAGCAGCGCUUCUACCAGCACCUGGUCUCCCUGGGCGAGGACGGGCUCCAGAUGCUGUUUUGCCACCGCUGGCUCCUACUCUGCUUCAAACGGGAGUUUCCUGAGGCCGAGGCCCUGCGUAUCUGGGAGGCCUGCUGGGCCCACUACCAGACGGACUACUUCCACCUGUUCAUCUGUGUGGCCAUCGUGGCCAUCUAUGGGGAUGAUGUCAUCGAGCAGCAGCUGGCCACAGACCAGAUGCUCCUGCACUUUGGGAAUCUGGCCAUGCACAUGAAUGGAGAACUGGUGCUCAGGAAGGCCAGGAGUCUCCUGUACCAGUUCCGCCUCUUACCACGGAUCCCCUGCAGCCUACAUGACCUGUGUAAGCUGUGUGGGACAGGCAUGUGGGACAGUGGGUACAUGCCAGCUGUGGAGUGUGCCGGCCACCACCCGGGCUCAGAGAACUGUCCCUAUGGGGGCACAAUGGAGAUGCCAUCACCCAAGCCCCCAAGAGAAGGCAAGAAGGGCCCAAAGGCACCUCGGGAGGCCUUUGGUUUCCGCAGAUAGAAAACUUCUGCCCUUGAUGAGGAGCAAGGGGACCUCCCUGGACAAGUGGGAGGGGGAGGGGAUGGACGUCAAGGGAACAGAAUCUAGAAACACAAGGAAAGGCCUCUGGCCAAUGUGACAAAAUCAGACACUGAAGUGACAGCGGAUAUCAGAUGUCCUGAGAAUUCAGCUUCUGAAAGGCUGGCCCAGGAUGUCUGGCUACUGCACUGGAAUGCAGGCUGCUGGCUAGCCAGCUGGGGGAUUCCAGCAGAGCCCAGAGUCACUCCAUGAGCUGUGGGCAAAGCAGGGUCUAGAAAAGGCUUCGUCCUCACACAGUACCAUGGGGCACAGAGAAAACACCUGUCCAAACUAUCUGAGAGAGAGAGAGAGAGAGGGAGAGGGAGAGGGAGAGGGAGAGGGAGAGGGAGGGGAGGGGAGGGAGGGGGAGGGAGAGAGAGAGAGAACGCAUACAUUCAGGCCUGAGCUUCCCACAGUGUCCAUGUGAGUGUUGGGAGGGACAAGCCUACUCUGAGCCAGAGACACAGGCUGGUAAACAAGUGUCAAAUGUACCGUGCACUGGGGUCCUCCCCUUAGGAUCUGAGGUUUGUCCUCUCUACCAAAACCAGCAACCCACUGGGGCCUAAAUGGGUUGAGGGGUGUGGUAUGCACAACCAUGAGGUCCUCUGAUGAGAACAUGCUUAGUCCUAGGGAAGGGGGAUUAUAUAAAUUCCCAGCUAAGACAAAGGUAUCUGGAAUAUCUGGGGAGGUGUCUCCGCCUCCAUGCAGGACCUGGGUCCCUGUUUCGCCAGGGGUUUCCGUCCCUUGGCGUCUCUGUGGCUGAGCAACACUGGGGUGCUCUGCCUCUUAAGAAGGAAAAGGUCACCGCCACACUCCGUCCUCCGAAGCUGAGGAUGGCGGUUGGAUGAAGAUGUGUUCCAGAGCAUUGCUAGCCAGUGUCCCAAAAGCCGGUGCAAGCAAGGAGCCUGGAUCCUCCACCAAGGGCUGAAUCUGGGUGGGAGCGCAGGCGGCAGGUGUGUGCCCUGCUGUUGACUUUUCUCGCUGAGAGUGGCGCUGCAGGACAGUGCCCCAUUUAACAGGUGCUGCUGAUCAGAAUGACAACGGAGGCCUCUCAUAGCCACCUCCCAACUUCCCCUUCUCCAUGAGCCCCUCCCUCUUCUGCAGUCAUUUCUGAGGAUGUGGAUCCCUGAGGGAAGAGAUUCUGGGAGAGAGUGUCCUGAUCUUGGGGUGCUGUCCAUUAUGAGCAACACUGAAGUUCUGAGAGUGGCCUUUUUUAGCCAACUUGCUUUCUAUACUAGUCUCUGACCCUUUCUGGAAGUUAGGGCCACAACCAGGCAUACCCGGUGUCCGGCACUGCAGUAGCAGUACACAGAGCAGUCUCAGUGGCUAGAACCAGGUACAUCUGGCUGGUUCACACAGCUUUGGGCCAGCAGUCCAGGCUGGGUGCUUCUGGUCUUGGAUAGGAUCGCUUGGUCUCUUCUGGGGUCACCAUCUCUGAGUUCCCAGUGGGUACGUAAAGUGUAUGGCCUCUGAGUCUUGGGUCACGCCAUGAUGGUAGAGGCAGUGUUUUUCUAAGUGUCAGUGCACUGUUGUGUGGGGACAGGGGGAGCAGAGUCUCAGAGAGCAAGGACCUCUAGCUCCCACUGCUCCCCAAGACCUGACCUAGCAUGGUCAGCAACAGCCUCGUGCCAGGUUUCUCCUUAGUCCCAUAGACUGCUGGACCCUGGUGUUACCUGUGUUAAGCCAGCUGGGGCCUCUCCAGCCAGACAUGGUGUGUGGGCUCUCAGAGCUCUGCUCAACAGAAUGGAGAGGUCCCUGCUCGCACAGAACAGCAACCUUAAUCUGGAUGCAAUUAGAGGAGACCAGCCAAAUACCCUGUGGCAGCUGUUACCCCAGGAUUAUUCCCAGCCAGCAAAAGGCAUUAGGUGAUAAUUCAGUCAUUAGACUUCUAGCCUUCCCACCGCCAGGACAUACAAAUCACGGGUAAUCAGCCCGCACACCGUCCCUUGGCCAUGAGGCUUAUUUAACCCAUUUUUUAAAAUGACACUUAAUGCUAUUGACCGGCCCGCCUGUGUGCGCAUGCCGCCCCCCCCCCACCCGCCGCUAAUGUCUGAGCUGACGAAAUCACCUCAUGUCAUUGGGGCUCUAGCAAAGGACACCUUUGAUGUGUGUGUGUGUGGGUGUGUGUGUGUGUGUGUGCGCGCGCGCGCGCGCGUGCGUGCGUGCGUGUGUGCGUGUGUGCGUGCGUGCGUGCUGUCACGGUGACGCAUGAUGCUUACCUUGGAAAGGGCCACUUCUGACUCACCAAGUAGAAGGGACAGUGUUGGGGGAGGGGCGGCAACAAGAGGAGAUGGCUGGAAUGUGUGCUCCUCUGUCUGGGCCAGCGCCCUCACUGGGUACAGAGAAGACCGCUGCUUCCAUAGAAAGUUCUGCCUCAAGUGCCAGCCAGGAGGCCUGGCCCACCUUUACAGACUGUGUGGUUCCUGGCUAACCAGGGUCAGGGAGGGGAACAGGUUAAAUUCAGGAGGGGAAGGUUUCAGUUUUGACACCAGAGUUUUUGCUAAAAGUGUCAUGAAGCCCUUGCUGGACAAAGCAGGGUCUCCUGGAGCUGGUGCCUUUGAUGGCCCUGGGCAUGGGGAGGAGAUGGCAAUAGGUAACAGUGUUUCAGGGGACAGCUCCCACAACGUUCCUCUGCCUUCUUGCCUGCAAUCACGUUUUGUUUUUGCUUUGUUGUUGUUUUGCUGUGCAAAGGGCAGUAUGUGGAACUUGGGGCCCACACACGUGCUAGGCAAACAAACGUGCUGCCCCACCGAAUGCCACACCCAACCCACCUGCUUCAUGUUUGACAAAAUGAAUUUAGAUAGAGGUCAGUUCCCACGGUGCCAGGAGUUCACCUGUGGCCUCCUCCUGUAGGCUCCUUUCCACUGUGGUCAGGCUGGGGUUGUCAGGGACACCCUGGGCUGGCCAGACAGAGGGAAGGAGACUGGCAGAACUCCCUUACCUUGGAAAGGUCACCAUGUCCAGGAGGGAGAAAGGUAACAAGUCUCCUAGAGGUAUAGCCUGGGUUAGAGGUAGGCCAGGGCCCGCCCAGGUGGGCCACAGGGAAGCUGGCUAGCCUGAGGCUAGGCCUGUCCUGGAGUACUGGAAGAACACAGCAGUCUCUGGAUGUUAGUCUUGUGUUUCUAAAGAGGUUGUGUUGCUAACCUGGUCUAGAGGGAACCACCCCAAACCCAAGAAGCCAGUUUCCCUCAGAGCUUCCCUGGCAGGGAGUGAAGGGUUCCCCUAGCCGUUUCCUCGCCUGUAAAAGGAGAGCAAGACUCUCCAUCAGGCUCCUUCAAAAGCCUGCUUUGGGGACUUCUGUGUCAAGGCUGCCACGAGGGUGGCUAACCAUGGCCCAGGGACCUCACCUGCCACUCAGGGAAGAGCCCACUGGCCUUAGCCUUCCGCAGCAGUGACCGAGAGGGGCUGUCCACUCCCAUCAAGUGCUCUCCCUGGUUUGGAGUCAGCAAACCCAUGCCUCUCCCACGUCUCCACCUUCCGUGUGUCCUCUGCAGAGGGCAAGCCUCUGCACCUCCUCUUAUGCCUACCCUGAAGAAAUGUGAGCCACAAAGCCACCUCAGCGGGCUUGGCCAGCGCCUGUCUGUGCGCAUGCGCACGUGCUCUUCUGUAGCCGGCCUCGCCCACAGCUGGGAAGAACCUUCUGUGAGGGUGCUGCACCUUCGUUCGGAACAGCUGCGUGCCGAUACCUGCCACCACCAGGCCUUUAAAUACAUUGCAUCCAGCUCCAGGUGGGAGUAUAGCAUUUCGGGUUUGCAGAGGUCAAGUCUCAUGACUGUCUUCCUUCCACACCUUGAGGACAAGGAAGACAGCUUUUUGUGUUUUGUUUUUAAAGUAAUGAAAUGUCCCCAUGGCUAAUGUCUAAGGCAAGUGACUCGUUUCUCUGUUGGGUUUUUUUGUUGUUGGGUUUUUUGUUUUGUUUUGUUUUGUUUGUUUGUUUUUUCAGUUCCCUUCUGGUCAAGGUCAGGACUGGUCACCAUGACCCUUGUUAAUCAUGACUCUCAUGGAUUCCACACAAAAUAAAUAAAAUAGUAUUGCCACACA